AUGGUUGAAGCUGAACUAUUGCUCCGCCGCCCUGGCUCUCAGGAAAUGGUUCUUCCAUGCUGGGGGAGCUGUUGGGAUAUGGAGCUGCUGAAGGGAUUGCCGUGGCGCCGUGCUUUUCUGGCUGUUGCCCUGAACCUGCUGGCUCUCAGCCUCUCCACCACCGCCUUGCUCGGCAGCUACUGGUGCACUGGGACCCAGAAAGUGCCCAAGCCUUUGUGUGGGAAGAACAAAGCCACCAAGUGCAUCGGUGUCCCCAUGCCGCCUGACGCAAGCGCUGGCAAUGUUUCAUCCCAGGAUGUGGUGCACUACAGCUGGGAGACUGGGGAUGACCGCUUUGCCUUCAGAUACUUCCACACAGGGAUGUGGCUUUCCUGUGAAGAGAGCAUGGAAGGACCAGAAGAGAAAUGCCGUAGCUUUAUUGAGCUGUCACCACCAGCAGAGAGAGGAAUCCUGUGGCUGUCGCUGGGAUCAGAGAUGCUGUACAUCAGCUUGCUGCUCAUCAGCUUCAUCCUCCUGAUGGUGGAAAUGCUCCAUACUGGCAAUCCUGUCUGUGGGUUGAAGCUCAAUGCCUUCGCGGCCGUCUCCUCGGUGCUCUCAGGUCUCCUUGGGAUGGUGGCACACAUGAUGUACACACAAGUCUUCCAGGCAACGGUUAGUCUGGGACCAGAGGACUGGAGACCGCACUCAUGGGACUACGGCUGGGCAUUCUACAUGGCCUGGGCCUCCUUCACCUGCUGCAUGGCCUCCGCUGUCACCACUCUCAACACCUACACCAAGACAGUGCUGGAGUUCAAAAGGAACCACAUCAAGGGCUACAACGGGAGCCUCAAGGAUCCGCCUCAGCACCACCAGUGCUUCAUACAGCAGCAAAUAAGCAGCUACUACGAGCCCCAAGACAAGCCCCUCCGUUCAGUCUCUGAGGGAGUCGACUUCUACUCUGAGCUGCAGCAGAAAGUGCUACAGCGGGAACCAGAGCUGGGACUGGAUGAGGUCUUGGGACAGACGAUCGGGGAGGAUCACUGUUAG